AUGAGUGACGAGAUAAAGAUAAAGUGCGUGGUGGUUGGUGAUGGAUAUGUAGGAAAAACUUGCGCAAUUAUGAGCUAUUGCCAAGAUACGUUCCCAGUUGAUCACAUUCCUACCGUUUUUGAUAAUUAUAUUGCAACACUAGAAAUUGACAAAAAACCAAUUAAACUGGCAAUAUGGGAUACUGCAGGUCAGGAUGAUUAUGAGAGAUUGAGAACAUUGAGUUAUACCUUAACUGAUGUCUUCCUAGUCUGUUUCUCACUUGUUGACCAAGAAUCAUUCAAAAAUGCUCUAAAUAAGGUAAAAAAGAGAUUUUCUAAUUAUGAAAUGUAGUGGAUUCCAGAACUUUUUUAGAAUGCCCCAAAUGCACCUAUAGUUUUAGUCGGUACAAAACUUGAUCUUAAAAACGAGUAUGAAAAAAAUCCUGAAAAGAGAAUGAAGGUAGUACCUUAAUCAGAGGGUCUUAAAGCUGUUCAAACUCAUAAUCUAUUCAACUAUGUAGAAUGCUCUGCUAAAACAUAAGAAAAUUUGACGAGAGUUUAUUCCGAUGCAAUAAGGUCAGUUUUUAAGUAUAGAGAGCUAUUAGCAUCUAAGAAGAGAAAGAAGCAGAGAAGUUGCAACAUUUUAUGA